AGCGGCGGCUGCUGGCGCUCUCUGCAGUACAGAGCUGCCGAGAGCGCCGGAGCUGAGCUCCUCAGCAGACCACAGCCGCAGGGCUCCCACUGCAGUUCAGAGGACAACCUCGCACAGAAACAUUCCACUCCAGGAGAAUCAGCUACCUCGCAGGACUCCACGACACAAGACAAGACAAAGAAAGAUCAGACAGAUACAGGCGAAGAGGAACAUCCCUCUUGAACGGCUUCAUGAUGUCGCAUCACAAAAACUACUGAGGCGGAGUCUUGGCUGUGAUAAAGACUUCAUCCCAGGGUGAAGAGAGAUUUUUUUCGACAUAUAUUGGAAGAAGCCUGCUCCAUCUGCCCGUCUCUACCUCAGGAUGGCCGGCUGUACCAGCCGCUGCAGGCAGGGGGUGCUCAAGUUAAUCCAGUCCCUGCAGAGACUGGUGUCAGGAACCCUCACAAAAGACAAAGCAGACGACGAGCUUGAGAUGACGAUGGUGUGUCACAGGCCGGAAGGUCUUGAUCAGCUGGAAGCCCAGACUAACUUCAGCAAACAGGAGCUGCAGAUCCUAUAUCGUGGUUUUAAGAAUGAAUGUCCAAGCGGAGUCGUCAAUGAGGAGACAUUUAAACAUAUUUAUGCACAGUUCUUCCCUCAUGGAGAUGCAAGCAUGUAUGCACAUUAUCUUUUCAAUGCGUUUGACACUACAAACAAUGGCUCCAUCAAGUUUAAGGACUUUGUAAUGGGUUUGUCGCUUCUGCUGAGGGGAACACUGAGGGAAAAACUUGAGUGGACGUUUCACCUUUACGACAUCAACAAAGAUGGAUACAUAAACCGAGAGGAAAUGACCGAGAUUGUGAGGGCGAUUUACGACAUGAUGGGCAAGUACACCUACCCGGCACUAAAGGGAGACGUCCCUCAGCAGCAUGUGGAUGCCUUUUUUCAGAAAAUGGAUAAGAAUAAGGAUGGAGUGGUGACUUUGGAGGAGUUCAUCAUAGCUUGCCAGGAGGAUGAAACCAUGAUGAGGUCCAUGCAGCUAUUCGAAAAUGUGAUGUAGGACAAGUGGAAACGCCGAAGACAGGGAAAGCAAGAGUGCAUAUGUGCAAUACAUCCGGUCUCUUCUACUCCUCUUCUCCUCUCUAUCCAGCUGCGGCCUGAGUGCAAUCAGAAUCCCCCACAAUGGUUUGAAGGAAGGGAUCGGACUGGAGUGUUUUUAGCCUUCCUACCGGAUUUUGCUGCACAACACAGAGUGGCUGAUGUGACAGACUCUGACUUCAACACAACGCUCUUAGUUCAGCCAGUUAAAGAUAAAGAUGCUCGCCCAAUACAAAGCUGCUCAUGACCAGUGAAGAGCUAUGCGUCCAAUGAGCUGAACUUUUUUUUUUUUUUUUUUUUUUUUUUGCCAAAGGAUGUUCUUUUCUUGCCAAAAUAUAAUUGCAUGCAUUUGCAAAAAUUAUCUCUAAACAUUUGCUAUGGGAUUUUGGCCAUGAGGAUGUCUCUAUUUAUCUCAGGCAUACAGCGGCUGAAAGCUAUGAGAUAUUUCAAAUGUGUUGUUGAUUUUGCUUUUUUGUUUUUCUUGUGAUCCAGUGACAAGUACUUUUGUGCUGACCUGGCUGUUGCUUCUGUGCUGAGUCCAUCAUAUGCUUGUUGUUAGUCUGUCUUUAUCUUGCAGUAGAGAGUUGAAUACUUUUGAAACAGUGCAUUUUAUUUUAAUGUGAUGGGCAUGUGUCUGUCUGUCUUUUUGUCUAUGUUGGAACUUCGUAAAGAGAAAGAAAUGUGUUAAUUCUCUCAUAUUUUCACUUGCUGCUCUGCUUCUUGUGGUCAAAUCCAUGUGUUGUCAUAAAAUGUUAAAAAAAAAACUAUAGUGUGGGGAAAAAAAAUCAUAAAUCUAAUUAUGAAGUGCCAGUAAAACUACGAUGUUGAAUAAACAGGGAGAUCAUAAAACCAAUAUCAUUAUUUGUACAGAUUUGGAUUAAUGAAGUUGAGAUAUGACCAAGGUGACAGUGGCGACCUACAACCAUGUCUGCAUGACAAGUCAGAUCCUGGCUGCUGGGCCGUUGUGAUGAAACCCUGGCAUGAGAAAGUUUCAUAUAUUCUUCCAGGGUCAUACAGCUGAAUGUCAUCUUUGGAUUGUCAUAGUCACUCCAUUAUGAACGUGUGGCACAGCCUCCCCCAUCCAAACCAGGACUCUGAUGUCACACUGACGUACACGGGACAAAUAGUAACACCUGCAGUUGCCUAUCUGUGAGUCAGAGUGCAUUUGAAAGCACCACCAUAAUAGAAAACUCACUGGGCUAUAGUAGCUGAAGCACUGAAAUAUUAAUUGCUGUUCUUUCUGCCGUCAGUGGAGUCUCUCUGUAUGGUACGCUUCCGUGUGACAUCAGGCCUUUGAAAGCUUGGUUUGAAUCAGAGUUGUACAAUUUCACAAACAGGUGAUUAAUUCUAAGCCAUAGGAAUAAACGUGUAAAUUCUUAAACUGAGUGGUGUUUUACUUGA